AUGGAUGAAGUCAAGAAACUGACUCGCUUGGAGAGGUACGCCUUUCUCCACUUUCAGAGGUGGACAAACGAGUUCACUAGGCUGGAGUACGACCACAAGUGGCUCUGCCACGAGGUCGUGCUACGUAGGGAGCUAGCUUUGUACCUGGUGGGGAUGUCAACCUUCCUGACCUCUGAAUUCGGGGGUCAGGUUCAUUAUACCAACUUGGGUAUAACCCCUUCUGGGGACUUCUUCAGGCCGGGUCCUCCAGAGUGUCCUGGGGAUGGGAAGAGGAGGUUAUCCAAUGACUACCAGCUCUGGGACCAGAUUUCUAAGGCCCCAGCCCAAGUGACCGUGGCUGACUUCCAUCAGCGUCUUGCUGAUGACUAUUACCAAGACCCUCUGAUGGGAUACAGGGCGGUUGCCUCCUUUGAUAUUGAUCAGGUGGUGCCCCCUGUUAAGCACCGUCAGCUCUGCGGAGUGAGUAGGGUCCCCCACUUCCAGAGUAAAUUCAACGAUGUGCCUGCUUGGGUGCAUCCUGACUUCAACCUUUUCUCUUAG